UCUUUUCCUUGUUGGUCACAACUUUUCUGCUUUUGGUAUUGUUUGUCAUGCCUGAGCCAGCGAAGUCCGCCCCGGCCCCGAAGAAGGGCUCCAAGAAGGCGGUGACCAAAGCGCAGAAGAAGGACGGCAAGAAGCGCAAGCGCAGCCGCAAGGAGAGCUACUCGGUGUACGUGUACAAGGUGCUGAAGCAGGUGCACCCCGACACCGGCAUCUCGUCCAAGGCCAUGGGCAUCAUGAACUCGUUCGUCAACGACAUCUUCGAGCGCAUCGCGGGCGAGGCGUCGCGCCUGGCGCAUUACAACAAGCGCUCGACCAUCACGUCCCGGGAGAUCCAGACGGCCGUGCGCCUGCUGCUGCCCGGGGAGCUGGCCAAGCACGCCGUGUCCGAGGGCACCAAGGCCGUCACCAAGUACACCAGCUCCAAGUAGACUCGCCAAGUAAGCGCCCUCUUACCCAACCCCAAAGGCUCUUUUCAGAGCCACUCACUUUUGCAUAUAAAGAGUUGUAAUAGCAAGGUUCCUCAACUGGCUUUAAAAGCAUGUUUUGUCUUUUUACAGCCCUGUUUCCAUAAGAUGUGAGAACUGUUACAGUAUGAGAUGUUUAUUGGAACUUAUGUUAAUCUUUAGAGCCACAUAGAUUAUGUGAAAUGUGUAUAGUAGGAACUUGGCUAAAGCCCUGAAAGAAUAGUUUUUGUGUGGUUUCUUUAAAUUUUUACUUGGUUCUUUGUUCAAUCAUUAGACUUUAAAAUAAUUUCACACUGGGUGGCUGUAACUUACAGUUGUCUGUGCUUAAGUACAUGUACUUUGGCUAUUUGUUUUCAUUACAAUGCCCACAUUAUAACAACAUAAUUAUAUGUAUUUCACAAAGGCCAACUCGUGCAAUGAGAAAUUAUUUUGCACAGGACACCAAACUGUGAAUGUCAUUCAUCCCAUAAUAGAUGUAAAUUAGGCAUGGGUAUUACUGAACUGCAGAAUUUAAUCAUAGCAUCUAUUGUAGACUGUUUCGACAAUUCUUCAAAUGUACAUUAAAAUGAAUUUAUCAUCCAU